CCGCAGACCGAUUCCACAGCAAUCCAUGGCCCGCGCAGGCGCACGACAGCCAGUGCCAGGCUGGAGGGCCACACCGGAAGUUCUCUAAGCGCCCCGGAUGCGACUGGGUGGCGGCGGUUGCCAGGCGACGGGAGCUUCUCUGUGCCGCCGGUGCUCGCGAAUGGAGGUGUAGAACUCAUUAUAUAUUGCGGGCCUUGACCGCUGAGGGUCGUCUUCUCCGAGUACCCAUGAUGUUCUUCUAUCUGAGCAAGAAAAUUGCUGUUCCCAACAAUGUGAAGCUGAAAUGCAUAUCCUGGAACAAGGACCAAGGGUUCAUAGCUUGUGGUGGUGAGGAUGGAUUGCUCAAAGUGUUGAGAUUAGAGACACAGACAGAUGACUCAAAAUUGAGGGGUCUAGCAGCCCCUAGCAACCUUUCCAUGAACCAGAAUCUUGAAGGGCACAGUGGUGCUGUUCAAGUUGUAACAUGGAAUGAACAGUAUCAGAAGUUGACUACCAGUGAUCAGAAUGGGCUUAUCAUUGUCUGGAUGUUGUAUAAAGGCUCUUGGUAUGAGGAGAUGAUCAACAACCGCAAUAAGUCGGUGGUUCGCAGUAUGAGCUGGAACGCUGACGGCCAGAAGAUCUGCAUUGUGUAUGAAGACGGAGCUGUGAUAGUUGGCUCCGUGGACGGGAAUCGGAUUUGGGGAAAAGACCUGAAGGGUAUACAGCUAUGCCAUGUGACCUGGUCUGCAGACAGUAAAAUCUUACUUUUUGGAAUGGCAAAUGGAGAAAUACACAUUUAUGAUAAUCAAGGAAAUUUUAUUAUGAAAAUGAAAUUGAAUUGUUUGGUGAAUGUCACUGGAGCAAUCAGUAUCGCUGGGAUUCACUGGUACCAUGGCACAGAGGGCUAUGUGGAGCCGGAUUGCCCAUGCCUGGCAAUUUGUUUUGACAAUGGGAGAUGUCAAAUAAUGAGACACGAGAAUGACCAAAAUCCGAUUUUGAUUGAUACGGGCAUGUAUGUGGUUGGUAUCCAGUGGAACCACAUUGGCAGUGUGCUAGCUGUGGCAGGCUCUCAGAAAGUAGUCACGCAGGACAAAGAUGUCAACAUUGUGCAGUUUUACACGCCAUUUGGUGAGCACCUGGGUACUUUGAAAGUCCCGGGAAAGCAGAUGUGCUCGCUGUCUUGGGAAGGAGGCGGACUGAAGAUUGCUUUAGCUGUUGACUCCUUUAUAUAUUUUGCAAAUAUUCGACCUGACUAUAAGUGGGGCUAUUGUUCAAAUACUGUGGUUUAUGCGUAUACCAGACCCGAUCGUCCUGAGUACUGUGUUGUCUUUUGGGACACAAAAAACAAUGAGAAAUACAUUAAAUAUGUGAAGAGUCUCAUUUCCAUCACCACUUGUGGCGAUUUCUGCAUUUUGGCUACGAAAGCUGAUGAAAAUCACCCUCAGGAGGAGAAUGAAAUGGAGACCUUUGGUGCAACGUUUGUGUUAGUUCUUUGCAAUUCUAUUGGCACACCCUUGGACCCGAAAUACAUUGAUCUGGUACCACUAUUUGUUGCCAUGACCAAAACCCAUGUGAUAGCAGCUUCAAAAGAAGCCUUUUAUACCUGGCAAUAUCGUGUGGCAAAGAAGCUCACAGCGUUGGAGAUUAACCAGAUCACACGGUCCCGAAAAGAAGGGAGAGAAAGAAUUUAUCAUGUUGAUGAUGUUCCUUCUGGAUCUGUGGAUGGGGUGUUUGAUUACAGUAAAGCGAUUCAGGGUACAAGGGAUCCAAUUUGUGCCAUUACUGCAUCUGAUAAGACAUUAAUUGUGGGGCGUGAAUCUGGCAUCAUCCAGAGGUACAGCUUUCCUAAUGUUGCUCUGAUUCAAAAAUAUUCUCUGGAUUGCCGGGCCUGCCAGUUAUCCUUGAACUGCAACUCUAGUCGUCUUGCUAUCAUCGACAUCGCGGGAGUCUUGACGUUCUUUGACUUGGAUACUCGGGUGACAGACAGUACAGGGCAGCAAGUAGUCGGCGAACUGUUAAAACUGGAGCGCAAAGAUGUCUGGGAUAUGAAGUGGGCCAAGGAUAAUCCUGAUUUGUUUGCAAUGAUGGAGAAGACGAGAAUGUAUGUCUUUAGAAACUUGGAUCCUGAGGAACCUAUUCAGACCUCUGGAUAUAUUUGCAACUUUGAAGAUUUGGAAAUUAAGUCUGUUCUAUUGGAUGAGAUUCUAAAGAAUCCAGAACACCCUAGCAAGGAUUAUAUAAUGAACUUUGAGAUCCGGUCCCUGCGAGAUAGUCGAGCACUGAUUGAGAAGGUUGGAAUUGAAGACGCAUCUCAGUUCAUAGAGGACAAUCCUCAUCCCCGACUUUGGCGCCUGUUGGCCGAGGCGGCCCUCCAGAGGCUGGACUUGUGCACGGCCCAGCAGGCGUUUGUGCGCUGCAAGGAUUACCAGGGCAUCAAGUUUGUGAAGCGCUUGGGAAAUCUGCAGAGUGAGGCAAUGAAGCAGGCCGAAAUUAUUGCCUACUUUGGCAGGUUUGAAGAAGCUGAAAGAAUGUAUCUAUCCAUGGACAGAAGAGACCUCGCUAUUGGUCUGAGGCUGAAACUGGGGGAUUGGUUCAGAGUCCUGCACCUCCUGAAGACUGGGUCUGGGGACGCAGAUGACAGCCUCCUUGAGCAAGCCCACAAUGCCAUUGGAGACUACUUUGCUGAUCGACAAAAGUGGCUGAAUGCUGUGCAGUAUUAUGUAAAAGGCAGGAAUCAGGAACGCCUAGCCGAAUGCUACUAUAUGCUAGAAGAUUAUGAGGGGUUAGAGAAUCUUGCCAAUUCACUUCCAGAAAACCACAAAUUGCUUCCAGAAAUAGCACAGAUGUUUGUGAGAGUUGGAAUGUGUGAACAAGCCGUGAGCGCAUUCUUGAAGUGUAACCAACCGAAGGCUGCGGUGGACACUUGCGUACACCUCAACCAAUGGAACAAAGCUGUUGAAUUGGCCAAAAGUCACAGCAUGAAGGAAAUUGGAUCUCUGCUAGCUCGGUAUGCAGCGCAUCUGCUGGAGAAGAACAAGACCCUCGACGCCAUAGAGCUCUACAGGAAAGCCAGCUACUUUUUUGAAGCGGCCAAGCUGAUGUAUAAGAUUGCCGAUGAAGAGGCCAAGAAGAGAACGAAGCCUUUGCGUGUGAAGAAGCUCUAUGUGCUGUCGGCCCUGCUCAUCGAGCAGUAUCAUGAGCAGAUGAAAAACGCCCAGCGAGGGAAAGUUAAAGGGAAGAACUCGGAGGCCACUUCUGCCUUGGCUGGCUUGCUAGAAGAGGAAGUUCUCUCUACAAGCAGUCGGUUCACAGAUAACGCUUGGAGAGGAGCUGAGGCUUACCACUUCUUUAUACUCGCCCAGCGGCAGCUCUAUGAGGGCUAUGUUGACACGGCCUUGAAGACAGCUCUUCAUCUGAGAGACUAUGAAGACAUCAUUCCCUCGGUUGAGAUCUACUCGUUACUAGCACUCUGUGCUUGUGCGAGCAGAGCUUUUGGUACCUGUUCCAAAGCUUUUAUUAAACUGGAAUCAUUAGAGACACUCAGUGCAGAACAGAAGCAGCAGUAUGAAGACCUGGCUCUGGAAAUCUUCACCAAACACACGCCAAAGGACAACAGGAAAUCGGAGUUGAACAGCCUUCUUGAAGGUGGAGAAGGAAAACUGCCGACAUGCAUUGCCACUGGAAGCCCAAUCAUCGAGUACCAGUUCUGGGUGUGCAAAGUGUGCAAGCACUACGUUCUUGCUCAGGAAAUCAGUAACUAUAACUUCUGUCCUUUAUGCCACAGUUCGGUAGAAUAAAGGGAAGAACCUUGUUAAUUGUGAAAUACAUGAAAUAUAUGUACUUAUCUGCACAUGUGUAUGAAAUAAUGCUUGAUUUCCUUAGAUUUCAUAUGAAAAUCAGUUUUUUUAUCUUGUAGUUGUAUUUUUGUAUAAAAGAUAUAUCAAACAAUAAAAUGAGGGCUGGAAUGUAGCUCAAUGGUAGGGUGCUUUCCAAGCAUGCACAAGGCCCUGGGUCCAUUGCAAUACUGGAAAAAAAAAAAGAUAAUUCAUGUAUUACAGUUCAACUGUGAGAUAAUUUGACUAAUUUUCACAUAAUACCUACAGAUGUGAAGUUAAUUUUUCCUGUAUUUCCUGUCUGUCCAUUUAUCAUUUAUAUAGCUUAUAGUUUGUGGCAAGUUAUCACGGAAAUACUCUCCACCAGGAAUAUUUUUCUCUUAUUGUCAAGGUUACUAGUUCAUUAGAGAACCCUCAAGAGGCAGGUGGAGGAGGCAGGGGAGGGGCAAACCUGAAGCAGAGAGUUGACAGACCCUGUAUUUCAGGGAGGUUGAGCAACUGUUGUAUGAAAUGAGCUCUAUUCCAGCUCUGUUUCUAUCUCAGGAUUAAACUCAUCUGUAUUUUAUUUUCAUAAAUGAGGAGAUGGCAUUUUAAGACUUAUUAUUUGAAGUUUUAAAAAAAUAUUUUAUCCUCAUUCAAGAAGAGGAAUUUGGCACCCAUUUUUCUUGUAAUAAACAUGAACGAACUGA